AUGGUAAGUAUAGAUAAAGCCGCAGUCAGUCCAAAUCUUCAUCUCAGUUCAAGUAGGCGUCGUGGUAUUGUUUUGGUUUUAUUUUUUUCAAAAUAUUUAAAAAUGAACAAAAUCGUAAUAAUAGCUUUGGGUUUGCUUGUCUUCUUAGCAUUGACAGAAGCUAGAUCAUGUUCCUCCGGAAGGAAGAGCCAUCACUCAUCAUGCAAAGACGACGAUAGCAGUGAGAGCAACGAGAGAAAGAAAAACAAAUGUGAUGAUUCAUCAUCUUCAUCGUCAUCUUCAGAAGAGGACGAUGAUAAAUGUGGCUGCAAAAAUUCCAAAAAUGAUGAUUCUUCAUCUUCUUCAUCAUCUUCAGAGGAAGAUAAUGAUAACGACAGAUGUAAAGACGAUGAUGAUGACAAGUCCUCAAAUUACCACAAAAAAGGAAAACACUUCAAGGGCAAAAAGUGUGGUAAACAUUAA